UAACCGUAACGUUAUGAUUUUUCACACUCAAAUAGCCUCCAUCAUGGAGGUGCUAGCAAAUGCAGCCGUGGCAGAGAUCUGUAAACUAGUAGACGAUGACUAUGCAGUGUGUCGUUUGGAAAUAAGUCAAAGCCAGAAAGAAAACGGCGCAUUGCGGAGGAAACUACAGCUUCUGGAACUGAAGGUGGCACGGGAGCGCGCAGAGAGGACAAUGCGAGAGCGCGUCCUCGCCAAUCGUCCCAGAACUGUCAAGAUCCUCGACCGAUACAGAGGAAUGGCAAGAGGUGAAGGACAUCUCACUGGACGCUACAGGAGCUUUGGGAAGCCAGCUGGACACAAUACAUGGAGAGAAGACCAACCAAUCACCUUUGAUGAGGAGAGUGGAACCUCAACCCAGCAUGUUAUCGUGAUAGAGUCUGCAGAUGUUGUGGCGGCAGGUUCUGGAGGAUCGUCUCUGGUCAAGCAGGAGAGGACUGAAGGAGAGGACCCACAACACAGCAGAGACAUCCAGACUGGAGCAGCGGCUGGAGUGGCGCCCCCUGUUACCACGGAGAACCACGCGACCGCCGUGCAGCCCAGGACCCGACGCAUCAUCACGGAGGUCAAUGGAACGCUGAACGCCGUCGUCAAGUCAGAGACAGACACAGAGACUUUAAUUGUAACACAAAGGCUCUUACACACAGGAUCUGACCACAGAUCAGACCCAGAGAGACUGGGUCUGGGGCCACUGGGCUGUCCUCCUGCUCCCAGUUCAGAGUAUUUACUUUACGGUAACCCAAGCCCUAGGACAGUUCAUUCCCAUCGGGACUCAGGUGACGCGUUAGAGACUGGCAACGAUCCGUCUUGUUCUUACACUACAAAGAUGGACCCUGACAACAUGCUCUUGGGUUUAGAGACACAGACUGAUCUGUCUAGAGGGGACUGGAACCGGUACAGUAGUAGUGUAUACUCUGAAGGGUGCCUAGAUAAGAAAGGGGAGAGUCUGGUCGUAGAUGAGGUGACUGUGAAAGUGGAGGGCGACGUUCCUCCCACAUGGAAUGUAGAUGGUGACCUAACUGACGGACACUCACAGGGAAGAGAUUUCUUAGAUUACAGGGAAUGCUUAGAAACGAAUCCAAAUGUCACAACCCACUCCCCUUUACUCGCGCUCAGAGAUCGUGACCUCGUGUCCACAUCGAUGGGGCCUUCCGAUUCACACAACUGCCUUUUCGAUCAGGUAUUGAACUCAAAUGACAGGGCUACAGCCCAGGCUCAGGGAGGGGCAGCCACAUCAGGCAAUGUUAAAGAGAAACGGUUCCUCUGCAUGUUCUGUAACAAAGGCUUCAGCUGCCCCCAGAAAGUGAAAAUCCACCAGAGGAUCCACACAGGGGAGAAACGCUUCAGGUGUACCCAGUGUCAUAUGCGCUUCGUCCAGGCUGGUGACCUGAAGAGGCACCAGAGGGUCCAUACAGGGGUGAAACCCUUCAGCUGUACCCAGUGUAAUAUGCGCUUCGCCCAGGCUGGCCAUCUGAAGAGGCACCAGAGGGUCCACACAGGGGAGAAACCCUACAGCUGCCUCCACUGUGAGAAGAGGUUUUCCCGCCAGGACCAGCUGAAGAUGCACCUGAAGGUCCACACGGGAGAAAAGCUGUUUGCUUGUACGCAGUGAGCUACCUCAGGAUACAUCAGCAGAAAAAACAUUCCACUAUAGAGCAUAGAAAGUAACCAUUCCACUCAAUAGCUUCUGAUGUUUAGAUCAAACCCUGCAUUAAGACUAAGAUUCAUUUUCAUUGUUGUCUGCAGAAAAGAUCGACAGAUGCGUUUGGAAUAACGACAGUAACAGAAUCAGUGUUGAAUAUUCCUGGGUAGAAUAUUGCAUCCAGACAUUGUGUGAUAUAUAAGGCAUAUUUAAGCCUAAAAAGUCAAAUCAAAUUGUAUUUGUCACAUGCUUCGUAAACAACAGGUGUAGACUAACAGUGAAAUACUUACGGAUCCUUUUCCAUCAAUGCAGAGUUAAAGAUGAAAUUUUUUAAAGUAAUAAGACUAAAAAAUAGACAGAGAAUAACGAGUAAAAAUAACAUGGCUACAGGGAGUAGCAGCACCGAGUCGAUGUGCUGGGGUACGAGGUAAUUGAAGUAGCUAUGUACAUAUAGUUAGGUACUAGGCCUUACAGAUAAUUAUGUGUGGGGUACAGAGAUGGGGUAGUCAUUUAAAAAUCAUGUUAAACACUUAUUGCACAAAGUGUCCACACACAGUGUCCGUAUUAUGUGACUUGUUAAGCACAUUUUUUGUCCUGAACUUAUUUAGGCUUGCCAUAACAAAAUGGUUGAAUACUUAUUGACUCAAGACAUUUAAACUUUAAAUGUUUCUAUAAUUUGUAAACAUUUCUAAAAACAUAAUACCCAUUGCCAUACCAAGCGGUGAGGCAGCCAGUCAAGAUGCUCUUAAUGGUGCAGCUGUAGAACUUUGAGGAUCUGAGGGGUCCAUGCCAAAUCUUUUCAGCCUCCUGAGGGUGAAGAAGCAUUGUCGUGCCCUCUUCACAACUGUGUUGGUGUGUUUGGACCAUGAUAGAUCCUUAGUGAUUUGGACACCGAGGAACUUGAAGCUCUCGACCUGCUCCACUACAGCCCCGUCGAUGUGAAUCGGGGCUUGCUCGGCAAUCCGUUUCCUGUAUUCCACGAUCAGCUCCUUUGUCUUGCCGACGUUGAGGGAGAAGUUGUUGUCCUGGCACGACACAGCAAGGUCUAUGGCCUCCUCCCUAUAGGCUGCCUCAUUGUCAUCGGUGAUCAGGCGUACCACCGUCGACGAGCUGAAUUGGUCAGGAGCCCGUAAAACAGCAGCAAUACAAUCCAGUAGUGGUAUUGUAAUGGUAUUGUAUUUGUACACCUCGGUUCGGUCCGCACUGUGAACCCGAAGGAAUACAUAGGCCUAAUGGCUUCACAGUCGAUUAUAACUGCGAUGGACAGAGAUUGUGGAGAAAAAUGUUCUCCACUGCUCAACUGGAAUAGCCUAUGCAGAGUGGCGGAUGUAGCUUGUUGGCCAAUCACAAGUCAUUAAAGCUCCACUACAGUCAUAGAGUCUCCUUGUGUGGCUAAGCAAAUUAAGUAAGCACUCCUUACUUGCCACUGACAGGGCGACAUGGGGGUGGCGGAACAUAGCUGGUCGAGGAGGGCUCCCAGCUGACUUUGUUGACACUCCUUCUCUAUCCUUCUUUCUGUAAUUAUGUUACCCAUAUUUAGUGGUGGCUGUUACAGAUUUCCCUGCCUGCGAGUUUUAUAACUCAACCCCAUCCCCCAGACUGUGCCAGAGAGACUUGGGAUCAUCAACUGUCUGCCCAAACUCCCAAUGACCUCUGCUACCAGGCCACCGAUAGGUUGCUAGGGUGCAGGACACCUGACAGUCCUUCUGCCUACUCAGGUCAGAGCCUCCUUAGUCUCUCUUCAAGUGGACAAGAGUGAUGUAUUGCAGGGACAGACAAGCACAUCUAUCUCAUAUGUCCUCUGGAAGUAAAAGUUAUUUAGUGUGUGUAACUCUGUGGGGUUGCCUUAUUCCUCUGACUGGGAAAAUCUACAGAGCGCAUCACAGGUACUUCCUGUUUUAGCUUCUGUUUGUAAACAGGAAGCAGGAGCAUAGAGUUAUCAUCUGAUUUGCAGAAGGGGAGACGAGGGAGGGCCUUGUACGCUUGCUUGUGGGUUGAGUAACAGUGGUCUAGGACUUUUUUCACCACGAGUGGCAAAGGACAAGUGUUGAUAGAAGUUGGGCAUGGGGAAUAUCUUGUCCGAAAGCCAUGUUUCAGAAAAAGAGAAUAUUGCAGUUACGCUGGUAGCAAAUCCAUGAUCGGAGGUCAUCCAUCUUAUUAUCAAGUGACUGGCCAAUAGAAUGGAGGGAAAUGGUGGCCGGUUUUCCCUUCGCCUUAGUCUCACCAGGGCGCCCGCUCUCAUGCCUCAAGCCUGAAGUUUGGGUCUUGGGUACACAAAGAGCCCAGUCGAAGUCCGGAAUUGAGGUUAAUAACUGCCAAUCUGAUGUUCAAAAGAUCUUGUCAAUCAUAAGAAAUGAUAGUGAAUACAUUUUAGUGCAAAAAUGUAAUGAUUAACGCCAAAAGAAUCACAAAAUAGCAAAGUGGAAGUUGGAGCUUGCAAGACGGCAACCAUACAGUACGGCACCAUCUUUCAUAUUUUGGGCCUUCUUCUGACACCGCUUGAUACAGAGGUCCUGGAUGACAGGGAGCUCGGCCUCAGUCUGUUACAUACGUUUGUUACAUAUUGUGUUUGUACUGUGAAGGCUAUAUGAUGUUCUCAAAUGCCUAUUUCAUUUUCUUCCAUUCAACUACUUUAUUUUUUCCCAAGACACUUUUAAUGAGAAUUUAUGCAGUUUAUCAAGUUCAAGGGGUUUUGUGUAGUUUUCAUAUGUUGUAUUUACCUUGUUUAUGUUAAAUAAACACAAACUGGAACUUUUCAUUCUAA